GGAAUCGUCCAACGUGCGAGUCGCUGUAAAGGACGGCCGACUCUGAAAAACCCAUUUCAUAUACGUUUCACUCCCGUUCAGUAUUGUUUUAACCACCAGCAUGUUUCCUCAGUAAAAAUCCGUCAGUUUUUACAAUCACAGUCUAUUUUAUUUGGAUGGGAUAAAUGCCCAGUGGAACCAUGGGGCUGCAGUCUUUGCAACAACUGAUCGAGUCUCAGUUUGCUGGGGCCUGUGUGUCUGUGGAUUUGCUGAGGAUUGCUUCCUCAGUUGCCAGCCCUUAUCAAGGGAGGGUUGCACUCAGCCUUGUUGUUGAUGCAGAAUGCUGCCUUGACAGACUAUAUGGUGGCUACGUUUCAGAUUGGAUCUGUGGUGGCCAGUGGAAUCGCAUGUUGCAAUUCUUGGCUUCUCUGGUUCAGACUUUGCAUGCACACAACCUCCAUUUAGCCGUCUUUUUCAAUGGCGCUUUGGAACCCCCGCGUAUGCAUGAAUGGGUUAGGAAUCAACUAGCCGCUAGAAGCAAUAUAUAUCAGGUGUUGCGACACCUUCAUACCAAAGGAACUCCGCCACCGAAAGUCUGGUGGGUGCCUCCGUCCACGCUCAGGACGGCUUUGCGCCUCGCUCUACGUCAUUUAAAAAUCGCUGUGUUGAGCAGUGUUGAUGAUCAUCAUCAAGAAGUGAUAGGAUUUUGUCGUGAUAAUCACUUUCACGGUAUUUUGGCGGAAGAUGCCGAAUAUGCCAUUUUCGAUCCGCCCAGAUAUUUCUCUUCCAAGCAGUUGAAACUCACUUAUAAAGGUUCAUUGGAAACGAAAGAAUUUAUUUUGGACGAGGUAGCCAAAGGUUUGAAUCUAAAUCCCAACAGGUUCUGCGUUUUGGCGGCAUUGCUGGGUAAUUUUCUUCUUACUGAUGCUGAUUUGAGGGAGUUCCACAAGCGGAUAUGCGAGGAAAAUCAGACGCCUUUGAAUCAACCGGAAGGAGUUAUACGCGCGGUAGCAUCAUUCGUACGCGAACUGCCUUCCAUCGACAAUCUGGAGAGUGUUGGAGCCAAAGUGUUCAAUUCGACCACCGACGGUCGAGUCAAUCGUUUCAAACAAGCUGUUAAUUAUUUCUUGAAUGGAACACGUGAUCAGUACGGACGGCAUAAAAAUGCUACGUUGUUGAGGCAGCAUAAUCAUCAUCAUGAGGGGAAACAUCAUAAGCAUGGUAAUGCUACCCAUGAAAGCAAAGCCAGGAAGCUGGCCUCUGAAGCGGCAGAUGAGGAGCAAAACGAAAUUCCUGAUGCUGUUCCGUCCUCAGGUGAUCAACCUCAAGAAGAGGUUAUUGAAAAUGGAGGAUACGUGAAUGGAGGUUCGCAGCCGCAAGGUAGUAGCAGCGGAAGUAGCUCUGGCGCCACAUCCCCUAACCGUGAACGUGAAGUAUGGGGAGGUCCGAAAACAGGAGAGGGUCAAUACCAACCUUCUCUUCCUCCAGUCGCCGCUGAGGUGUUGAGGACUGCCUACGAGAGGCAUCGCCGUGGUCUCAUGUCGCCUUACAUGUAUCAGCUUUUGACUCAGGGAGAAAUUCGUCUGCCAGUCGUUCUGGAAGAUCAGUGCCAUCGCGAAGUCCCCAAUAUACAGCUCUUCUACCGACCUGUUCGCCAGAUGGUUUAUGCCAUUUUGUUUAACCUUCACCACCACACCUUCCUAGCUGAAAAGCAACGUGAACAACCUCACGAGAAACCGGAAGCUAAUGGAGUUGCCAAUGGUUCAUCGACAGCCAGUGUUUCAGCGUCUACCGGUAGCUAUGUGCCUCCCCAGUCGUUGAACGGCCCGGGAUCCGUCAAUCAGUCAAAUCCGCUCAUACCUGAAAUCAAAAUCCGAGAGUGGGUGUGGACAGCGGCCAACCCUUAUCGUCAUCCAGAAAUUGUUGUCGCGGCUGCAGUUGGCUGGCCCGUUCCAACUGUUCAUCGCCUUUGGUUUGGAACGUCCAUGGAUGAUAAAAAGAGACGGUUAAGAGCUUUCUUAUCUUGUCUACAUGCCGAUACUGUUUUAAUGUUGAAUCCGGAGUAUGUUCCUCAGCAUUUACUGAUAUUAGCAUGUGUGCUGAGGUACAUAAUGGCUGCUUCGCAAGGAACAAUUCUUCAGAAACAAGAAUUAGAUGCUUUAAUCGUACAAGCUUUUGCAAUGGAAAUUACAAACCCCAAUUAUCUGCAAGAUCUCCAGCUUACGAAGGUGAGUGCACGUGGCGUUCAGCUAGCAACCUUGGUAAUGGAAGGCGUCGAGACGGCCUUGCUCGUGAACGAUGCGUGUGGCUCCCCCGUCCCUUGGCCAGUCUGCUGUCCUUGGCUCUUCUUUGAUGGAAAACUAUUCCAUACUAAACUUAGCCGAACGCAGACUGUUAGAGACCUUCACGAACUGUGCGAGCAUCGUGGAGAUCUCAUCAUGAAAGUGGAGAAACUACGCAAGGCCAUCCUGGACGGCCUAGUACUCACUCCGCUUCCACCCCGUCCUCCAGCAUUGGCUCCAAUGCACGAUCCGGCUUGGGCUUCUCGCGAUUUCUUGAAUGGUCCAUUCAAUAUCAAUCUACCUGGUGGAUUAAAGCGUGGUGGCCAACGUCGCGGCGUGGCUAGAGGUGGCCAGCUUGAAGUUGCCGGCGUGGUGGUGAGCUCAUGGGUGCCUAACUAUGGCGGUCCCCGCGGACGUGGUCAUAUGGGACCCGCAGCUGGACGUGGUGGAGGUGUAGUAGCUACUCAGAAUCCAUCUCAGAGAAAUGGACAUGUCCAUUACUCCACUCGGGGUGGAAGGACGGCGCGCGGUGGCCGACGAGGUGGUCAUCAGUCAACUCAACGAAAACAGACGCCUGCCGCUUCAGCAAAUGCGCCGGCCGCCUCUCAAAGUAACGGGAAAGCGAGUGUGAAUAGCAACGAAAGCAACGACACCAACCGAGGGGUCAAAUUACUCACGCAUGAGACGACUCAGGCCAAGGUUACUGGUGAAGAAGUUGCAAAGUGAAUGAAGGGAUGUGAGCGUGUGUGUGAUGUGGGUUUGGGGACUCUUACCGACAGACGAGUAAGAGGGAAGUACCCGUACAAAAACUAGACCCGUUCGUGAAAAUCAUAGUGAACCAUUAUUUUUCUAAUGAACCUUGAUAAAGUGAAUUCAAGCGGUGCGGUCUAUGCUCCUGCUCGUCAUCAAGUCACGCGAUCCAGCUCGAGAUGCUCCUGGCCCUUCUUUUCUACACUUGUUCCACUUUUUUUUUUCUUUUAACCGACACUUGAAAUCCUUCAGAAAAAAACAAACGAAACGUUCAACAAUUCACACCCGCUACUCAGUCCGCAAUUCUUUUUGAACGAAGAGAUACGUUCGUUAUUUUGGUUAAGCUCUUGAUCAGAAACAAGGGAACGAUGUCUGUCAUCAACGUGAUAGACAAAAUAAUCGGUUGAAUCCAAAUAGACAAAAUAAUCGGUUGAAUCCAAACAGUUGUCAAAAGGAAAACAUAGUUGGACAAAAAUAAUUGUCAAACUUCUGUCUUUGCCCCUAUCACUUGUGCCGUGUUUAAGGUAGUUCGAAUCUGCUGCUAUGAGUUUCGGUUUCCCUUCCCAACCGUUCUUCAUUAUUCUUGUUAAAAAACGAAAUCUUAACCUCUUCAGAGAGUUUGUUCUUUUUUUGUAGUUUUCAGCGAGGGGGUUUAAUUUGUUUUCCCAUUAAUAUUGGCGUUAUACGGUAAAAGAAAAAGUAGUAACAUUUACUAAAACAUUCAACUUUACAAGACUUUGUAGUGUGAAAACCUUAAAAAAAAAGGUAAUAAUUUGAAAGUAAUUUUGAUCUUGGCACUUGAAUCGUUAACCGCGGAUAGAUAAUCAGUACAUUGAUGGUUUGCUCCGUCUCAUAAAUUGCUUACACUAUUGUCAUUAAUAAUUUUCGCUUCUAUCUCCUUUCCUUUACAUACCUUCCGCUCACCUAACUGGCCACCUUUUUCUACCCCAAUUUGUAUACCAUAAGAUUUUUAUUUGACUAAAAAGAAUCAUGUCAAUUUUUUCGAUGCAUGUGUGUGACUGCGUGUCAAAACGUGAUGGUGUCUUGAGCCUCGUUGCUGGACGGCAAAAAACAUUUGUACAUGUGUAUCAUAUCGAUGUGAGAAUAGACAAAC